GACAUCCAAGUGCAGCUAUAGCAAUGCCUUGAUUCGGUCCACGGUCCCGAUUUUGUGCAUUCCAUUUUCAAACGUUUCCAUUCGAGUCAUCAUACCUGUUAUAUGUAGGACUCGUGCUACAUCUCUAUGCCAUAAAUUUCAUCUCUAGCAUUAGCUGUUCGCUUCACCCGAUAUGGGAUUGUUCAGGUCCAAGAAGCCACCCACUUUCCCGCCUAUCUCUUACCCCAAGCCGGCUGAUCCUCCGUCCGUAGAAACAACAACAAAGCAGCCUAGAAAGCGUAGGCUAGACACAAACAAGAAUUUGCCGGUACCAAGACUUGCACAGAUGAUUGAGAGGAAGAUGUCUGAGAACUUCCAGCUAAGAGAAGAGUUGCAGUGGGAGCGAGACCGCUUCUGGUCAAGCUGCCAGGCAAAAUCAUUCCUUGCAGCAGAGGUUCAAGCCGUGGUAGAGAACCUUCGUCAGAUCCUAGCCGACUUCGACCGGCUUGUUACACCAGAAGAUUCUCUGAGCCAGCCUAGAGACUUGCCUCGGAGCGAGAGCGAUGGAUGGGAACCCGGACUAAAUUAAGUUGAUCAGAGUACAUGCGUGUUGCUCAGGUCUUACUUAGCU